GUCCAACGAACCAGCUUCAAACACUCCCGAGUUAUGGGCCACCUCCUAAGUCACGCGCUCUCUCUCUCUCUCUCUCUCUCUCUCUCUCUCUCUCUCCUAAUAGAAUUCUCCAAGUUUCAAGUCUUCGAGCUAUUAGUCUUCGAGAUAUUUGUAAUUCUCCAAACGCAUUGAAAAGCCAAUAACAGAGAGAGAGGGAGAGAGAGUUUUUGCGUGUUUCAAUGGCGAGCUACAAGUACAAGAUGUUGGGGUUCAGUAGGAAGUUCAAGAUGAACGAGGUGGGCCCACCGGCCGACGUGAAGGAAGCGUUCUCGAAGUUCGCCGAGGGUGCGGACCACAUGUCCGCCGACCAGCUCCGUCGCUUUCUGGUGGAGCACCAGGGCGACGUGGACGGCACUGUGGCCGAAGCGGACCGAAUCAUAGAGCAGGUUCUGCAUGAACGCCGCGAUGCGUGCGAAGGCCUUUCCCUCUCCGAUUUCUUUCAUUUUCUGUUUCACAGUGAUCUCAACGGCCCCAUCAAAUCUCAGGUACACCAUGAUAUGACUGCUCCAUUGUCACAUUAUUUCAUAUACACAGGGCACAAUUCCUAUUUGACAGGGAAUCAACUCAGCAGUGAUUGUAGUGAUGCACCAAUCAUAAAGGCAUUGCAGAGGGGUGUGAGAGUAAUUGAACUUGAUAUAUGGCCAAAUUCUACAAAAGAUGACGUCCUUGUUCUUCAUGGAAGGACCCUGACCACUCCUGUGAAGCUCCUCAAAUGUUUGCAGUCCAUUAAAGAGUACGCUUUUGUUAAAUCUCAAUACCCUGUCAUUAUAACUUUAGAAGACCACCUUACCCCUAACCUUCAGGCCAAAGUUGCGGAGAUGCUCAUUCAAAUAUUUGGAGAAAUGCUGUAUUAUCCCCAGGCAGAAUGCUUAGCUGAAUUACCAUCAACAGAAUCAUUAAAACAUCGGAUUGUUAUUUCUACCAAACCACCAAAAGAAUACCUGGAAUCUAAGGAUAGCAAGGAUAAGGAAAGUAUCUUGACUGGUGAAAGGGAAUCAUUUCAAGAAGCAUCUGGAAGGGAAACACCAGGUUUUAUGGCUGAGCAAGAAGCGAAUGAGAGAAGUGACAGCGAUCAAGAUGAUGAAGAAAUUACUGCAUGUGAUCACAAAUCAGGCCAACGAGGAGCACCAGAAUACAAACGCUUGAUUUCAAUCCAUUCUGGGAAACCAAAGGGUAGUUUAAAGGACGCAUUAGGAGUUGUAGCUAACAAAGUUAGACGUCUUAGUCUGAGUGAACAAGCACUUGAGAAGGCUGCCACAAAUCAUGGCACUGAUGUUGUAAGGUUCACACAGAAACAUGUACUAAGAAUAUACCCUAAAGGAACACGUGUCACCUCCUCUAAUUACAAGCCACAUGUUGGGUGGAUGCAUGGGGCCCAGAUGGUUGCGUUUAAUAUGCAGGGAUAUGGCAAAUUGCUUUGGUCGAUGCAAGGGAUGUUCCGAACCAAUGGAGAGUGUGGUUAUGUGAAAAAACCUGAUUUUCUGAUGCAGAAGGGUCCACAUGAUGAGGUGUUCGAUCCUAAAAUAACACUGCCAGUGAAGAAGACAUUAAAGGUGAAAGUCUAUAUGGGAGAUGGAUGGCACUUGGAUUUUAGCCAAACACACUUUGACUCAUUUUCUCCCCCGGAUUUCUAUACAAAGGUUCGCAUUAUUGGGGUGCCAGCUGAUGUUACCAAGAAGAAAACGAGGAUAAUCGAGGAUGAUUGGGCUCCUUUUUGGGAUGAAGAAUUCAAAUUCCCUUUGACAGUUCCUGAGCUCGCCCUACUUCAGAUUGAAGUACGCGAUUAUGAUAGGUCUGAGAAGGAUGACUUUGGAGGGCAGACAUGUUUGCCUGUCUUGGAACUAAGACCGGGAAUUCAUGCUGUCCCACUUUAUGACAAAAAGGGUGAUAAACUAAAAUCUGUGAAGCUUCUAAUGCAGUUUCAGUUUGUUUAGGCUCCAGGACAGAUGGUCUUGCUACGAGUCCAUGUUACAUUAUUACAGGGUUGCACUUUUUCUUUUUCUUUUUAAAUAAUUAAAAAAGCUGUGUUCUUA